AUGCCUGAAUCACAAGAUAUCGUUAGUGCAACGCCUGAAGUAUUAAAUGGAGCAAUUGAAGUAGCUCAAUCGGCGGCAAUCGUCAUUGACAAGUUGGACAUGGCACAAGGAGCAAUAAAAUUCGUCGGUAACAUAGCGGAUACAAUGGGACCUUUCCUUCCAUUGAUAGGUACAGCGACUAUGAUUAUUAGUGAGAUGAUAACCAUCUAUAAAGAAGCGAAAUCAAAUAAAAAUAUUGUUAGCGCUUUAUAUGAUAGAACGAGAUUAGCAGAAUUUGCCAUCGAUACUUUGCAACGACGUAGGAAAUUACUUGGAAAGGAUUUUAAAAAUCAAGAAUGGUAUAAAGCAUUUAAUCGUUUCGUUUACGUUUUAGAGGAAAUUAAAAUUUUUUCCAAAGAAGUAUCCACUCUUCAUGGAUGUAAAAAGUAUUUUAAAACUAAUUCUGUUAAAGAGCGAUUUGAAACUCUCACAAAUGAUUAUGAUCAGGUUAUGAAAGAUUUAAACUUUACUAUGGCUAUUGCAAAUGAAGAACAAAGGCGAUACGAUAAUGAAUGUUUAAAGGAAGAUAUGAGUGAGAUGAACAACUUUAUGCAUAAUAUUAAAAAUGUUACCGAACAAUCUGCGGAUCAAAUAGAUGACAUUCUUGAAAUAGUAAGACAAUUGAGAGAUUGUAUUGAAAGUGGAAAAGGGAUAAAUGUAAAACCUAACCAAAUAGAUGAGAAGGAUGUAAAGGAUCCUUUGGUCACUGAUCAUACUGAUUUUCGUGGUAGCAACAAACAUAUUAUAAGAAAACAGUAUAAAAGUACCAUAGAAAUUGCAUGCAAACCUUUCAAAUUAAAUAAGGAAGUUCAAACAAACAAUGAAGGUCAAGGAAAUUACAAGAAACAACAAGGUCAACUUGCAAUCUUAUCCAAAUUAUCUGAUUGUACGAAUAUUCUUAAAUUCUAUGGGUUGACGAAAUUAAAUGGCGAAGAUUGUAUGAUAUUAGAAUGGGCUCAUUAUGGAAAUUUGAAAGAGGUUUAUGAAAAAUUUGACAUCCCUUGGAUGAGAAAAUUACAUAUUGCGAUUGACCUAUGUCGAGCUAUCGCUUUCUUGGAUUAUGUGAAAAUUUUGCAUCACGAUUUGCGAUGUGAGAACGUUAUGUUAACAAAGAAUUUAGAACCAAAACUUACGAAUUUUGAUUAUGCUCGUACAACAGAUGCGGAGAGCAAAAAAAUUCCUGAUUUAGAGAUAGUUCAUUGGUUAGCUCCCGAAAAAAUAGCUAAUAAUAACUUCCGAUACGAUAUUACAUGUGAAAUUUUUAGCUUUGGAAUGUUACUUUGGGAAUUAACUUUUGAAAAAAUUCCAUAUCAAGGGUGGGAAGUUGAAAAAGUGGAAGCUCAUGUAAAAGCAGGAAAGAGAGAAAGGAUUACAUUUGGACCUGUUGAUAAUGACCGGGAAUCAGACAUUCAAAUAAAAUUAGGAGAAGCAAUAACAAGUGCAUGGAAAGAAAGAUUAGAUAGAAUUACGCUUUCAAGAUUAUUCAAUACACUUGAAGAAUUACAAUCCAAAUAUAAAUAUUUUAUGGAACAAGAUUGUAAUUCAAACUUACUUCCACAAAAAACUUUGGAUUUUGAUGGGUCAAGUAAACCUCCACCGCCAUCAGUUAGUGAUGCGGAUAUGGAAUUACCUGAAUUUGAGGAUCUCUCAUUUGAUUUAGAAAUAUCAACAGUAUUAUCAUUGGAAGAAGGAAUAAAAGCACAUAAAGAUAAAAAAACUGAUGUAGCUUGGGAAUGUUUCAAAUAUCAUGCAGAAAAUGGAAAUGCACAUGCAAAAUAUUGGAUGGGCUAUUAUUUAUGGGAAGGAAAGUUCGUACCAAAAAAUCCUAAUGAGUCUGCUAAAUUAUUUAAGGAGGCGGCCGAUCAAGGGAUUCCUGAUGCACAGCUUCGCUACGCAUUUGCUUUAAAGGCUACACAAGAAUUAAAAAAUAAGAAAAAUCUCAAUGAAUUCAUCAAAUAUUUAACUUUGGCAGCUGAAGGUGGAAAUACGGUCGCUCGAUAUAAUUUGGGGGAUGCUUACUUUAAUAAAAAAUUAAGAUUGGAUAAUAGACAAAAAGGAAUUCAUUUUUUAAGAUUAGCUGCUAUAAAAGAACAUAAAGAAGCAUGUAUAAUGUUAGAAAAACAUAAUAUAAGCAUUACCGAUGGACCAAAGUUAGAAAAUUAA